AUCUUUCCGCCGUUGUGCCCAUAGUCUACCGGCAUCAUACUAUGUCCUCAGCGACCACUGGUGGACCAACCCCAAUUUCCCCGAUAAUGCCCUUUUAAUCGUCCAAAUCACCCAAGCUGCAUCUCCGUGUUGACAACCUUUCCUCUUAUCUAUCCUGUCAAAUCCUUACCCCCCACCGGAGCACCGCACAGCAACCAUGUUUGACGAUCUGGAGUUAAAUGUCGUUACCUACACCCUUCUUGCGCUGGUAUUGGGCUUGAUGAUCCUGCCCGUCAUCUUUCAGAAGGACCCUGACAUACACCCCAUGAUCCUGAAUCGUCAAUCCCACGUGUCCCCGUUCGUCGCCCUCACCUUCCCUAACUUUAAUGCGUGAAGGUACAGCAGCUAAUCCAAAGCCAGAGUACGCAAUCCCAAAGAAAGCGCCGUUCACAGAUCCACUUUGUCUCCACCAGGUCAUCCCCUCGCUUCGGGGCUUGGACUGCCUACAGAUCAGAAAUACCGAACCCGUGAUGGUGAUAUUAGGGAUGUUUGGAGCCAGGCUGUCAAGGAGGGCAAAGGCAAAGUUCUAAGUGUCAAAGGGUCUGAGAUUAACGAGUUUGAUAUCGGUCGGUUCCCGGUCCGGCGAGGUUUCCUUGAAUUGGGGCGGGGCUGACCUGAGAUCGUUUCGGGCGCAGACCAGCUUACCCAGAAUAUUCACUCUUUGGGAUCCUACAUCAAGAGCAUUCCCGGCGCUAAGAGGAUCGCAAUCUACCUUGCGAAUGAUAUUGAGAAUCUUGUGGCAUCUUUUGGUAAUAGCCCUUCUAUCGUGGGCUUCUAAUGAAGUUCUGACGACGGCUUAGCCUGCGCGUUUUACGAUUUAACCCUCAUUGUACUUCCAUUUGACCCGACGAGUUCUCCGGAUGUUGCAUCUCUUCUCAGACGUUCAAAGGCCGACGUACUAAUUGCACCCGCUGGUGACCUUGCUCUCAACGACGUCGAUGGCGCCAAAAAUAUCAAGGAAAUUAUCUAUGUGGUUGAGCCAGGAUCCCAGCAUCUCGAUUGGACUAGCCCAAACGGAGGAGUCAAGACUUCUGUUUAUCAUGAUGUGAUCAAGGCAGCUGUUACCGGCGCUGGAAACGUGGACCUGGAUGGCCCUGCAGUUAUUGUGUUUGGUCCAAAAUACAUUGGCGAAGAGAGAAGAAUCGAAAUGGCCGAGUUCAACCACAAAGUUUGCUACACAGUACAGGCAUGUUGUCGUGAUUGGAUGCUAAUAUUGGGGUUAUAGCAAGUCAUCGCUGGUGUCGCUUCUACAAUCGCUUCUAUCAGACCUAGCCCAGAAACAUUCAAGCCAGAGGAUAUUUUUGUCCCAGUUGACACUCUAUCGGAUAUUUAUACCCGUAUCUUUACCUAUGCAGCGCUCGCGAGUGGCGCAACAGUCGCACUGAAUCCUAUCGCGGGCACUCAUGCAGACCUUGAGCUUUGCGUCAAACGCGUCCGUCCUACAGUCAUUGUUGCUUCCACCCCCACUCUUGCGCAUACCGCUGCUGUUACUGCAGGUUCGCGAAUGGAGAUUUGGCACAAUAUCCUGCACUACUUCCAAUGCCGUACCCUUGAAUCCGGCCGCAUCCCAAAAGGAAACGCCCUCAUUCGCCUCAAUGAUUAUACCCGUCCGAAUGUUGGCGAACCGUCCCGCCUCCGUCUGGUCUUCAGCGCAGAGAGGGCCGGCGACCUCGGUUCACACCCGCUUAACUCUGAGGACCUCAACGACUUGAGAGCGUACCUUGGAUCCAAAGUUGUUUACGGACUGAAGCAUCACAUGGUCGCGGGGCCGAUCAAUCAACAACAUGUCUACGACUACAGGGUGCAGCCACAGACGCCGAAACCAAGCAAGAAAAAGGAAAUUCCAAGAAAAUGCGCACAUUUCGGUGGUGUCACACCAGGAUGUGAGGUUUUUACUAGGGAUUGGGAAAUCUUUAGGGCUAGCAACGCAGGUGGCAGCAGAGGGGAGAUUGUCGUGAGAGGGCCUACUGUUAUUGGGGGAGAGGUUCCGUUGGGCGUCGUUGGGAAGUGGUGGCCGGAUGGUGUCCUGAGCUAUGUGUAAGCACUUGUGUUUGUAUUGGGGGGGGGGGGGUACUAUUCCCAGCCGGGUGUUUUUUUGUUUUGUUUUUGUUUUUCCCCACCCUUAUUCAUUUGUUAUCGAUGGAUCCAAGCCAAAAAGUUGACAACU